AGCUUUUUAACGUGAUAAACAAACAUGCUUUGGAAACGGCAAAAUGUUGAGAGAAAAAAUCAAGGAGUUAGUAUAGAGGCAAAGAACGCAUUCGGGGCAUAGAAAAUUAAUUUACCUCCUGGCUGGGAACUGUGGUCACAUAGUUAGAUUUUGGAAGUUUUUCAACCCAGGGAGUUCCCGUCUACAAUGUUUGAAUCUGCGAAUGAAAAAUUCAAAAUUGGACCCUUGAACAAUUCACCAUACCCCAUGCUUGGUGAUGAUCAAAACAAGAUCACCAAUGCUUACAUUGAGGAUUUUAAAACAGUAGGUUUUGGCCGCAAAGAUUCGCAAAAAUAUCCCUGGUACAACAACCCUUUUGACCCUAGAAUGUCUUUCCAUGGUUUUCAACAUUGUCUCUUCAAGCAGCAAGAUGAAAAAGACAAUGAACAAACCAAAGCCAGACUUACAGAAAAUGUUUUCUUGGCUCUUGACAACCCAUCUGCUGUAAUGAAUGACUAUUUAUACGGAUACAGAGAGUACCUCAAGAACCUCUCGGGGCUGCCCACCAUCCACAUCGGGUCCGGAGAUGACCCAGGCGACAUAGUACACGACGACGGAUCCCAGGAAUGCAAGCGUCUGUUUCAGCGAAUCCGCUCACAGUCCGUAAGAUCCGUGUUUCCAAUGGAAAAUGAAGCUCUGGAAAAUGCUGCUCUUGGGAAGGCGCUCACGGAGACAAACUGUCAAUUAACAGAAAAUCAUAGUCAGCCUGACAGAAUGGAUCAGCUCUGCUUAAAUCCGUCUCCAGAUCUUUCAAAGUAUCAAACAGGCAACGCAAAUGAAAGUUUAUUGCAAAAGUCACUUGAAAAGUUAUGCGACGGGAUUGCUGAGGAGGCAAAAGAGACUGACCAAAUAUUGAUCCCUACCUCACGUGCAGCAGUAAACAAACCUCAGACUCCUCCGGGGUUUUCCUCCAAGAAUUUGGCAAACAAUGGAGGGUGUUUUGAAACUGCACAUGUAAUCAACGAAACUGUUACGAAAGACUCGACACUCGAAGAGAAAACUUUUAAUCAAUAUUUCUUGACGAAAGAUAAACAUGUAACAGACGAUAGCUCACAUUUACAAAAGGAACGAAAGGCAGCAGAGAAAAUACAUCAGUCUUCAUCGUCAAUGUCCAGAAAUUUACAAGAGGCGGUAGCAAAACUUAUCCCUGAAGAAGUUCAUGACACGAAGUUAACAAGCGGACAACCAGACAAGCAUAUACCGAGUGGACAACCUAACAAGAAUUUACCGAGUGAACAACCUGAUACGGAGAUACCAAAAAGCGGACAACCAGACAAGAAUUUACCGAGCGCACAACCGCACGAAAAGUUACCAACCGAACAACCUGAUAAGAAUUUACCAAGCGGACAACCGGACAAGAAUUUACAGAGCGGACAACCAGACAAAAGUUCACCGAGCGGACAUCCAGGCAAGAAUUUACCGAGUGGUCAAACACAAGUCCAGCAACCCACAGAAGAAGAGCAAUCAAAAGACAAAAAAAUUACGCAUUUAUCAGACAUUAGUGGAGGAACGACUCCAGUUUCCAAAGAAUCGAGCAACUCAAGUUGGGCUGAGAAGCUGUUUUACAAAGAUGUAAAUGGAAAAGAAAAGUGUUCCAAAGAAGGGAAAUCUAGUCUUGAAAAUAAUAAAGUAAAUGUGGCAGAGAAAGCAUCGAAGACAAUCAAGUCCAAUUUAAGGCCAAAUUCAGAACCCUUCAUUCCACCAUCGCUCGCCUCAAAGUCUAACAAUGCACUGCAAGUUCAAAACAAAACUUUAUUUACACACGAGGAUUUCCAACCGAGACAUUAUGCCCAAAACCUUGUACCACACGCACAAAACAACUACCUUCCUAACAUUCAGCCCGCACCGUACCCACAACAACUGCCAUCACAGAGUCUGUACUUUCCAACAAACGUACCACCCCCACCAGUUCACGGUUUGGCCCCUGUUAUUGCUCAACAGAAUUAUCGCAAUCCGCAUGAAGCAUUCCAAAACGCGAACUGGUUUAACGACAAUGGUGUCGUGGCUCCUCCGGAUUACAAGAGAUAUCAGUUCCAGCCGCCUCUUCAGAGCCCAUUGAUUCCUUCUGUUGUGCAGAACAACCAACUGUUCAACCAGAAUUACCCAUACAACCAAGGGUUGUUAAAUUACAACACACCAGAUAAUUUGUUGCCACAUGACAUGACAACAAACGUUAUGUCAGUAUACAUUCGGUCGACAGCAUUUAUGUCCUCCACCUUCCAGCAGAAAAAUCAGCCCCAGCAUUUGUAUGCCUUUAGGGAAUCCCGUAACAGUUUCCCUUACAAUUUCAACAACAACAACACGACUAAUGACAACAACAACAAUAACAACAACAAUUCGUUGUCAGACAGAAGCGCUAGUUGUCUUGAAACAGAAGAGCGCGUUAUUCCGCGUAUUGAGUUCCGUCGGAGUCGGAGCUGUGAGGAUUUGGUGUUAGACGGCUUCAAAGGACGAGCCCGGCCCAGGGCUAUAAGGUCUAACUUGAUAAGGAUUUAUCCCACCAAUAGUUGACUUUUUCAUGACUAGUUUCUCGUUGUUUUUCGACCAAAAUAUACUCAAUGAUUGUUAAUUAUUUGAUUUUCUAACUUGGUUUU